CGGAUAUGGUGUACAGCCAGUCUCUCCCCCCAAGGACAGUAUCUGGUGAAUCCCCCCUAAUGCAGAGGCUGACACCUCCCUGUAUGGAAGCAGCUGAAGAUCUGUGGCCCUGAGCUGCAAUUCCCUUUCUUCCACACUGGGUGACGAGUCGCUGCUGCAGUAAAGCAUCGCAUUUCCUGAAAGAAACCGGGGAAAAGCAGAGCAGGGACUGUCCCUUUAAGAGGAGAGAAAGGCAGGAGAGGAGGAGGAGGCGUCUUCAGGGCCACAGUCUGCCCGAGCUCAGGAGGAGGCUGAGGGAACCUUCCUAGAAGGAACUGGGACGUGCCUGUCUCUGGAGGACACCAGGUCCUCACCUGCUGCUGGAGGUUGUCAUAUGGGAGGUGUGAACAGUGCCAUGUACGAGGAGCCCCCCGUGUCCUCCAUCCCAGCGGCUGCCUGAUACACAAAGACCUCCGUAGAGAGAGCAUCCCCCUCCCUGCACCCUCAUUGUGCCCAGCGCCCGGGAACCAGGAGAAACAAUGGGUCAUACUCCCUUGGAAUUCAGUGAAUGCUACUUGGACAGCCCGGUGUUCAGAGAGAGUUUGAAAGGUUAUGAACAAGAGCUGGAGAGGACUAAUAAAUUCAUAAAGGAUGUGAUAAAGGAUGGAAGUGCUCUUAUCAAUGCCAUAAAAGGCUACUCCAGUGCAAUCCAAAAAUUUGCUCAGACUUUGCAAAGCUUCCAGUUUGACUUCAUUGGUGACACCAUGACGGAUGAUGAGUUAAAUAUUGCUGAGUCCUUUAAAGAGUUUGCAGACCUGCUGCAGGAAGUGGAGGAUGAGAAGAUGAUGAUGCUUCAGAAUGCAGAUGAACUACUGAUCAAGCCCCUGGAGGUUUUCCGCAAGGAUCAAAUCGGGCUCACUAAGGACCGGAAAAAGAAGUUUGACAGAGACAGUGAGAAGUUUUAUUCCUUGCUGGAUAAACAUCUGCAUCUGUCAUCCAAGAAGAAGGAAGCGCAGCUCCAAGAGGCAGAUCUACAAUUAGACAAAGAGAAGCAGAACUUCUAUGAAUCUUCACUUGAAUAUGUCUAUCAAAUUCAGGAGGUCCAAGAAAGCAAGACGUUCAGCGUUGUGGAGCCGGUUCUGGCUUUCUUGCAUUGCCUGUUUACAUCUAAUAGCCUCACAUUUGAAUUGACCCAGGACUUCUUACCCUACAAGCAGCAGCUACAGCUUAGCCUCCAGAAUACUCGUAAUCACUUUAGCAGUACACGGGAAGAACUGGAAGAUUUGAAAAAGCGGAUGACAGAUGCACCUAUGAUUUGCAAACUGAAGGGACAGAGCACCAUUGAAGGAUACCUGUACUCCCAAGAGAAAAGGAGGGAUGUUUUAUCACUUUGCACAGGGGCACUUGGUAUUACGUGGGUGAAGUAUUAUUGCAGAUAUGAGAAGGAAGGAAAGAUCUUGAUUUUGACGCCAAUAGAGCAGAAGCCUGGUUCCAGACAGGUGAGCCAAGAACUGACUCUUAAGUCUUGUACAAGAAGAAAAAGUGACUCCAUUGACAAGAGAUUUUGUUUUGAUGUAGAGACCAAUGAGAGACAGGGCACAAUCACUUUACAGGCUCCUUCUGAGGCCAACAGACGCUUGUGGAUCGAGGCAAUGGAUGGGAAAGAACCUAUUUAUCACAGUCCAAUAACAAAGCGUGAUGAAAUGGAAUUGAAUGAAAUUGGAUUCCGGUUUGUUCGGAAGUGUAUUAAUGCUGUGGAGGCAACAGGUAUCUCUUCAGAAGGUGUAUACAGAACAGUGGGAAGUAACAUCCAGGUGCAGAAACUCCUCAAUGCUUUUUUUGAUCCCAAAUGCCCUGGAAAUGUGGAUUUACAGACUAGUGACUGGGACGUUAAAACUAUUACUAGUGCUUUAAAGUUCUACCUCAGGAAUCUCUCUGAGCCAAUUAUGACUUACAAGCUGCAUCGAGAUCUUGUAUCCGCUGCAAAAUCUGAGAAUUUGGAUUACAGACUGGGAGCUAUUCAUUGCUUGGUGUAUAGACUCCAGGACAAUCACCGGGAAAUGCUGGAGCUUAUUAUACGACACCUAUCCAGAGUAUGUGAACACAGUAAAGAAAACCUAAUGUCUCCUUCUAAUAUGGGGGUUAUUUUUGGCCCAACUUUGAUGAGGGCCCAGGAAGAUACUGUGGCUGCAAUGAUGAACAUCAAAUUCCAAAAUAUUGUGGUGGAACUUCUCAUAGAACAUUGUAACAAGAUAUUUUCUGGUGAUCCUGAAGACAGCACCGCUCCUCCUGUCCCUCCACCUAGAAUAACACCCCGGACCCACAAACCCAUCACAAUCUCUAAACGUCCGGUCCGAGGGCGCAAUGCUUUGUAUCUUGGACAGAGUGAAGAAGUUUGCUUUUAUUCAGAUGACGGAUCCAUACAGAAUGGGAAUGGUGUGAUCACAAACAGUGACUACCCCCUUCCCUUGCAACGAAAGAAGCCGAUGUCUAGAACCGAUACACAAAGUUCCACAGAUGAGAGCCCUGAAGUGGAUGUUGCGAAAAUGGUCACAAUGAUGCAGGAAAGAGGGGUGAAGACCAACACAAACCAUCUAAAUGGGGAUCUGCCUAUAUAUUCUGUGCCAAGUAAAGCAUCUCCUGUGUAUUCCAAAAAGCCUAUAGUCCGUCCCAGAGAAGGUGAUUUAGAGAAUAUCAGUAAAGUCCGCUCACCCAGUGAGCGACCAGUCAUUUCACGUCCUCCAGUAAGACCACCUGAUCCACCAUGUAGAGUGGCUUUGAUGCCCAAAAUUGAGCCCAAAACAGAUGUCAACUCUGGUGUCAAAGAGGAUAUCCCAGCAUCAGUUGUUGCCUCCCGUACCAAAUUCUUUGAGAAGGCAUCAAGACCAAGGGGAAGUCCUCCAUCACCUCCUCAACGAAUUCUCACAGAAGAAAGCUGAGUCUUGAAGGAUUUUACAAUCAUGUUCCAUGGCUGGUCCAAGGAAGGAUGCAGAUGAUUUUGCCAGAGUGGUUCCCGCUGGCAUAUAUGGCAAAGGAGUACAUUCCGCAGUGGGCUUUAGUGAACAGGAUUCAUACUGAGCCAUUCCAUUACUUUUUCCUGGAAAGAAUGACUUUGUCCCUUGUGCUGUACAACUGCUAGAAGUGAUGUCUGCAAAAAACCAUCAGAGCUUACGCAACCCUAUUUGUACAAGGAAUGGACUAUAAAAAUCCGGGAGUCUUUGAAGUAAUAAUAUGGGGAUCAGCUAGUUGUGUUCCAUGUAUCUGCACAUAUCUUACUCCUUUACAUUACUAAGGUAUUUCCAGAUAUGAUACACAUGGAUUAAACUGAAUCUAUUGCACAUUGCAAGGAUAAAUCUCUGAGAGGAUUCAGAAGAAAUGGAUGGUUAAAACAAAAUACAUAAACCUGGAAGGGAGAAUUGUAUAAGAACAAGAGAACAGAUUCUGCACUGUAUUGUAUUAUUUAUUAUCUGGAAUUUUCAUUUAGGUAAAACUGUUUACCAGUGUUUUUGUAGUUAGUAUAAAAGCAUCAAAUGAUAUUAUUAGCUUGUACAUUUUUAAAAAAUACUUAUAAACAACAGAGAGUGCUAUACAGAUAUCAGAUUCAAAAGUAGAACUAUAAAUAUCAAAGCACUGCACAGAGUGCAAAUAUAUUACAUGUAUGACAAAUAUGUACAAGGCAGAAAGAUAUGGUUAAAAGAAUUCUCAUAUAUAUAUAUAUAUAUAUAUAUAUAUAUAUAUAUAUAUAUACACGAUAUCUGUAGCUUUGAACUUCUACAAUCAGUUUAUUAACCAUGAAGGACAAAAGAUGAAGAAUAAUGGAAAAGAAGAGGUGUUGGUGGGGUCGUGUACCAGUCAAGGAAGCAAUGAGUGUGUAGAAGGUUCACAUGAAUAUUGCAAUUUUUAUUCACCUUCUAAGCAAGUUGUUUGUAAAUAGACUUUUAAUGGUGUAGAUGAAGGGCUGUUGUAUACUGACAAAUGAAUGCAAUGUACAGUGCCUUUUAACAAGAGGUGAGUCCAACAAAUAAGAAUGGACUUUCCUGAUAUGACCAAGAUGUCCCCUUGUCUGGCCUAAUGCUAUUUCCAGACCAUUUGCAUAACCCCCAAUGCAUAGGUCAUGUAGAGUAACAUGAGUAAACAUAGUAACCAAUAACUCCUGCAUGAGCUUAUGGCCAAAACCUAUGGGGACAGCUGGAGUACCAUGUAUUUUGGAUAAAAAGGAGAAAGAUUUGGCGGAUCCCUCUUUAGCUGCAUUCACAUCAAGUUUUUUCCCUACAGCUGCCGGGUCUGGCUGGGAAAUUUCAAAACCGGGAGCUCCCGUAUCCUACCCGGUUAGUGACUCCGGUUGGCUCAUUUUUGCCCCGUAUCCGGUUUUGUGACCAGACCUAAAACUGUGGUAUACUACAGUUUUAGGUCCAGUCGCAAAACCCAGAUAUGGGGCAAAAAUUAGCUGACCUAUCUGAGUCCGUUUGACUCAAUUAAAGGGUACCUCUCAUCAAAUAAACUUUUGAUAUAUUUUAGAUUAAUGAAUGUUGAAUAACUUUCCAAUAGCAUGUUAAUGAAAAAUAUGCUUCUUUCUAUUGUAUUUUUCCCGAUCAGUCCUGCAGCAAGCAUUUCUGACUCAUGCUGGAGUCCUAAACACUCAGAGCUGCCAGCCUGCUUUGGUCACAGCCAAACAGGCUGUGACUAAAGCAGGCUGGCAGCUCUGAGUGUUCUCCUUUGUGAACAAAGCAGACUGGCAGCUCGUAGUGUUUAGGACUCCAGCAUGAGUCUGAAAUGCUUGCUGCCAGGACUGGUAGGGAGACCCCUAGUGGCCAUUUCUUCAAAGUGGAAAAUUAAAUAGAAAGAAGCAUAUUUUUUAAUAACAUGCAAUUGUAAAGUUAUUCUGCAUACAUUAAUCUAUAAUAUAUCAAAAGUUUUUUUGAUGAGAGGUACCCUUUAAGUGAAUAAGAUUCGGCGUGGUCCAGCUGGGAUACGGGAGCGCCCGGUUUUGAAAUUCCCUAGUUGGACCCGGCAAACGUAAGGACAAAACGUGAUGUGCAUGCAGACUAUUUCUGCUCAAUUCUUUCAUUUUCUAUAACAGAUGUUACCAUGAUACGAAAGGUAAUAAAUUACUUCAUCUGUUCUAGAAACAGCUCCACUCUUGUCCAUGAGCUGUAUUUGGUAUUUCAGCUUAUCACCAUUGAUAUGAUUUUUUUCUAAACCUGAGUUAAACUUUUUGGCACUUUGUAAUAUAGCAUUACCUGUAGCAUUUGAUAAAAUUCUGCCAGUUAUAUAUAUAUAUAUAUAUAUGAAGGACUGUGCAGCACUGGAGUUAAAAUAGAAAUAUAAAGUUUUAAAGCUGGUGGUGUUCUUUAAUGGUAGUAAUUAUAAGCUGUUCAAAUCUCAUUCCGUUAUGGGGAAUGCGUCAUCAGAAAAUGACCUAUUAUAUACAUUUUGUUUUUAUCCUAACCGUAUUUGAUGAAAAUUUAGGGUGCUUUUUUAUUUUACUGUCUACAUUUUUAAAUAAUCCGGAAAGUUUGCAGUUUCCAUUCUGGCCAUUAGGCCUAAAACGAAGCUGACACUUCCUGUUCUGUACAGAUCAUUUCCCAGUAGAGCCAUCUUUAUCAACACAGACAGGAUAAAAGUGAAAGGGUACACAAGUACAGUGGUCCCUCAAGUUACAAUGUUAAUUGGUUCCAGGACGACCAUUGUAUGUUGAAACCAUUGUAAGUAGAGACUAUAACACUAUGGAAACCUGGUAAUUGGUUCUGAAGCCACCAAAAGGUCAUCCAAAAAAAGCAGGGGGUGUGGCAUGAAUGGAGUGGGCGUGGUGUGACGUGUGACGAAUGCGGGUGCUGCAGGGAGAUCGCAGGGGGGUCUCAGCAUCGGACCCCCGCGAUCAGACAUCUUAUCCCCUAUCCUUUGUAUAGGGGAUAAAAUGUUUUUGCCCAGAAUACCCCUUUAAUAAAGCUUUUAAAGACCUCAAGUUGCAGCAGAGAUGAGACUCUGAACACUUCAUCUUCUGCACGGUCCUAAAGAGGAUUUAUUGAUGGGAAUGAUCAUGGCUUUGUCUUGAAACACUUGUACAAAGAUCUUCCCAGUUAUGGACUCCACUUUAAGUGUCUUAUCGGGACUCUCCAUUUUUAGCAGUGCUCUUAUAUCUUCUCCGCAGUCUCAUUAUGUGGUUCAGUGAUGUGCAGGUGAGAAUAUCGGGUGUUUUAUUCUCUAUAGUCUGCCAACAUUUUAAUCCUGUAACCUUUGGCACAUUUGUCUUGUAGCUUUUCCUGUGAAUAGUUCUGUAAACUACUCUGUAAAUAUUUAGUUGUCAUUCCUAUUUUAUGAAUGGUUACAUUUCCAAAGUAUUUCAAGGUAUGAAGGACAAUAAAUGUGACAUUGCAGGUUA